CCCAAAGCCCUAGGUCCCCGCCCCCGUCGGGCGGGGCCUCCGCCCACUCCCCUCCCGGCCCGAGGCGCCGCUCGGUUUGCGGUUCCUGCGGUUAGCACGCGGGGUACGAGGCAUGGAGGACGACCGCGGCCGGGAGGACUGCCUAGGUCGAGCCGUGUGCGUGCUGACCGGGGCCUCCCGCGGCUUCGGCCGGGUGCUGGCCCUGCUCCUGGGCCCGCGGCUAUCUCCUGGCUCCGUGCUGGUCCUAAACGCCCGAAACGACGAGGCGCUGCGGCAGCUGGAGGCCGAGCUGGGCGCUGGGCGGGCGGGCCUGGUCGUGCUGCGAGUGCCCGGCGACCUGGGCGCCGAGGCCGGCUUGCAGCGGCUUCGUGACGCUCUGCGCCAGCUCCCCAGGCCCGAAGGGCUGCAGCGAGUGCUGCUGAUCAACAACGCAGGCAGUCUUGGGGAUGUGUCCAAAGGCUUCGUUAAUAUAGCUGAUGCAGCCGAAGUGAACAGCUACUGGGCUCUGAACUUGACAUCUAUGCUCUGCCUGACUUCCAGCAUUCUGAAGGCCUUCCCAGACAGUCCUGGCCUCAGCAGGACUGUGGUUAACAUCUCAUCCCUCUGUGCCCUGCAACCUUUCAAGGGCUGGACACUGUACUGUGCAGGGAAGGCUGCCCGGGACAUGAUGUUCCAGGUGCUGGCCGAAGAGGAACCUAGUGUGAGGGUGCUGAACUAUGCCCCAGGGCCUCUGGACACAGACAUGCAGCAGCUGGCCCGAGAGACCUCUGUAGACGAAGACUUGCGGAAAAGGCUGCAGGAGCUGAAGACGGAGGGGAAGCUGGUGGAUUGUAGGGUGUCAGCCCAUAAACUGCUAAGUUUGCUGCAAAAGGAUACGUUCAAGUCUGGAGCUCAUAUUGACUUCUACGAUAAAUAAGCCCAGAUCCUUGGCUUCCUAGGGCUCUCCUCUCCCUCUUUCAGGCAGACCCAGAGGCCCUGUGCCUCCCCACAUCCUGUCACAGUGGCACCACGAGCCCUGCAUUACACAGAUAAGUGCUCCUGCCUACUGCCCUUCGCUCAGACCCUGCCAGCUUCGGGGUCACUGGGGCACCCGGUUUUCAGGAGUCUGUGUUGAGCACUCUGAGUUAGGAGGAAGUUUGGGAGAGAGAACUUAUGGGUAUUGGUGUUCUCUAGGAAUAUAAUUUUAAGGAUGGGAAAGUAGGACGAGGAGCUGAAACACUUCAGAAGCUGAAGAGAGAGGGUUGGAUCUCUUCAUGGCCAGUCCGUGGGGAAAGUUGGGUAAGCUACUUCAGAUAGGAGGGACCAGUAGAUUCCUGAAUAGCCUGGAAGGGAGGGAGGACUGUGCAUGUUUUGGCCCACAGGGAUGCCUUUUACUCAGGGUAGCAGGACCUUCUGUUGAACUUCAUGGCCUCAUUCCAAUGCCUUCUCCCUCCAGAACCUACUAUUUGUUCUGCAGAUGGGGUAGGGGCUGAGAGUUUUUGUACACGGCAAAGGCAAAUACAAAUAAAGUGUGAAUUAUCCUUUAUUAGUGCCUGGAGUACAGUAAUGCCUGUGAUACAGGGCCCAUGCCUGACUCCCUGGUUUGCAGGGGCCAGAGAUUGUUCCUGAGGCAAUUAACCUGAACUCGGGAUGCUGCCCUUAUUUCCAGGGGAGUUGUCUGGGGGCUGCGAGCCUCUUCUCACUGAGUCCCACCCAGUGGCAGCCCAGGUUCAAACAGAGUGGCCGAGACGGGCAUAUCCAGACACCUGCUCCUUCAUGCUUUUGCCCACAGUGCUCCCAAUCUUUGCUGAGCCUCUCCACCCCUGACUUUACUCAAAUAGUGUCCAGCCUUCAGGGAGGGGUCAUUCCCCUGGCUCUUUCGGAUUCCCAUUUCUGCCCCUUGCCCACAUGGCAAUGCUCUGAAUGGGUCUUACCUCCUCAGUGGCCUUACGGGUAGUACCUCCUUUUCCCACGGUCCUGGGCUUCAGUGGGGUGGGCCUAGGGCCAACGCACCAUAGGGGAAGGUGAGCCCUGAGAAACCAGGUGUAGGACCAAAUCCAUCCUUCUUCAGGUGGGUAGAUGUGGGCAAGCUGGGAGCUCUGCAGUGGUGGUCUACAGCCCACCAGCCCCUUCCUGGCCAGUAUUUGGGAGGAGAGAGCAUGGUCCCUGCCAGCCACCUCCGGGACUCAGCCCUGGGUCUGAUCGUGCAGGAGGGAACUCCCUGCUCCUCGUUGUGCACAGCAGAGGGCGCACUGAGGCUGUGCUUCCUAGAGAAAUCCUAGCAGCUCCUUUGGCUGGAGGGAGGUCCUGGGCCUGAACUGGCCAUGCCCUGCUGGGUUUCCUAGAGGGGAGCAAGCAAUCCACACUUUUUUUCACUCAGCAGAGCCUUUUUACUCACUGGAGUCAACAUCACUACACAGAUACCUGCUCUGCCAUUCGCCAACUGUAAACCAGGGCAACUGGCCUUUCUGUGCCUCAAUUUCCCAUCCGAAAAAUGUGGAUUAGCUCUGGUGUGGCUCAGUUGGUUGGACGUUGCCCCACAAAGCAAAAGGUUGCUGGUUCAAUUCCAGGUCAGGAUACUUGCCUGGGUUUCAGGUUCGGUCCCAGGUUAGGGUGCAUAUGAGAGGCAACCCAUCUCUCUCACAUCUGUUUCUCUCCCUCUCUCUCUCCCUUCCCCCCCACUCUCUAAAAGUAAAUAAAUAGCUCUGGCUGGUAUGGCUCAGUGGAUUGAGCCCCAGCCUAUGAACCAAGGGUUGUUGGUUCAAUUCCCAGUCAAGGCACAUGCCUGGGUUACAGGUCAGGUCCCCAGUAGGGGGCGUGCGAGAGGCAACCACACAUUGAUGUUUCUGUUUCUCUUUUUCUCCUUCCCUUCUCUCUAAAAAUAAAGAGAUAAAAAUCUUUAAAAAAACAAAAACAAGUAACAUUUUUAAAUAAAAAUCAAUA